UUGCUUGAACGUGUGAACAUGAUGAGUGAUUGCUUGCUUGAAAUCAUAAAUCAAAUAAAUAUAGUCUCCAGGCUUCUCUCUCAACCUUCACAUUCAGCUUCUCCUCUUUCUACUUUCAUCAUCUCUGAGAAAAAAAAACAAAAAAAUGAAAGGGUUAAUGGAGUGGUGUUUUGUCCUCUGUUUCCUCCUUUUGUCCUUUAACUUUCAAGUUGAUUGCUCAUUAUCUAGUUUCUCUUUCAAUUCUUCUACUCCAUCUAAGUCGUGUCCUUAUGACCAGAGCUUUGCCUUAAUCCAAUUCAAGAAUUCCCUUUCCAUCGAUUGCUCUCUUUCCUUAUCGUGCGAUAAAUAUAGGAGGAAGACAAUCUCCUGGAAAGUGGGUACGAAUUGCUGCUUCUGGGAUGGGGUGGACUGUGAUUCUGAAACAGGUAACGUGAUUGGCCUGGAUCUUAGUUGCAGCUGCCUUGGUGGCAGCAUCCCCUCUAAUAGCAGCCUCUUCCUUCUCCACCAUCUCCACAAGCUCAACCUUGCUGAAAAUUAUUUCCGCCCGUCCCGCAUGGCAUUUGAGUUUGGUCAGUUUACUGAUUUAACCCAUCUAAAUAUCAGCGGCUCAGGAUUUUUAGGUACAAUCCCACUUGAAAUCUCUCACCUUUCUAAACUUUUAUCUCUUGAUCUAUCCGGAAAUCCUUUAAUCUUUGAGGGGCAUGUUUUUGAAAAACUCUUGGGAAACUUGACACAACUAAGAGACCUUGAUCUCUCUGCUAUCGAUAUGUCUUUAGUUGAACCUAGUUCUUUCCUUAACAUCUCUUCUUUCAUAAGGACUCUUGUUCUUGAUAGUAUUGGACUGCGGGGGAAAUUCCCUGAAGAUGUUUUCCGCCUUCCAUACCUCCAGAAGUUCAGUUUAUUUAAUAAUGAUGAUAUCCUGGAAAUCAGCUUCCCAAAGACUAAUUGGACUGGUCCGCUCAAGUUACUACGAGUCUCAUAUGCAUCUUCUCUGGCAGAACUACCGGAUUCAAUUGGCAAUCUUAGGUCUCUCCAGGUAUUGGAUCUUUCUUUAUGCCAAUUAAGAGGGUCAAUUCCUGCAUCUCUUGGCAACCUUACUAGACUAAAUUAUUUAGACCUGCGGCGGAACUUAAUUACUGGCCAACUUCUAUUUUCAUUUGCUAACUUCAAGCAGCUCACAUAUUUAGACCUUUCCUAUAAUAAUUUGGUAGGACAGAUUUCAGAUGGUUUUGGAAACCUCACCAAACUUUAUCACUUGUCUUUAGAUCAUAACAAUCUUGAUGGUCUUUUUCCAUUUUCAGCAUUCAACCUCACAAAUAUUGAAAUUAUGUCCUUUUCAACAAACAAGUUGGUGGGUCCCCUUCCCUAUCAGGUAAGUGGGCUUUCACGACUACGGGAACUACACUUGGAUCAUAACUUUCUCUAUGGUAGAAUACCAAAUUGGUUGUUCACUCUUCCAACUUUGGUUGAUUUGGAUCUCAGUUAUAACAGCCUAACUGGUCCUAUUGACCCAUUUGAGAAGGUUGCUCCUUUGGAGAUUGUUAAGCUGCAGAAUAAUGAGAUACAUGGUCCAAUUCCAAGCUCUGUUUUCAAACUUGUGAACCUUAUCCAUCUUAAUCUUUCCUCAAAUAAGUUGAAUGGCAUCUUCGAAUUGGACAAACUUUCAAAGCUUAACAAGCUUCAGAUACUAUCUCUCUCAAAUAAUGCUUUACUGUCAUUGACCAGUGGAAGCAAUGCGAAUUACUCCUUGCCCAAUUUUGGGUGGUUAGAAUUAUCUUCUUGCAACAUAAGUGAAUUUCCGGAUUUUGUAAGAAAUCUAGAAGGCUUAGUCUAUCUGGACCUUUCUUACAAUAAAAUCCAUGUUAUCGAGGCAACUAUGUUUUUAAGGCUUCAAAGCCUUGAAUUUCUUUAUCUUUCACAUAACGUUCCACUAUCUUUGAGCAAUAAUAGCGACGUUAGUCUUGUCUUGCCUCAUCUUAGUUUUUUGUCAUUGUCUUCUUGCAAUAUAACUGAACUUUCAAAUUUUUUGACAGCUCAAGAGAGUUUGCUACAUUUAGACCUUUCAAACAACAACAUUCAAGGCCAAAUUUCCAAACAGACAACAACUUGGGGAAAAAAUUUGAAUUAUCUUGAUCUUUCAAAUAAUUUUUUGACGGGUCUAGAAUAUUACCCACAGAACUUAGGGAUUCUUAACCUUGGUUCCAACCUGCUAGAAGGACCACUUCUAGUACCACCAUCUUCCACAACAGUUUUUUUAGUCUCAAAAAACAAAUUGAUUGGAGAAAUUCCUUCUGCCAUAUGCAAUUUGACGUCGAUUUCAAUUCUUGACUUGUCCAAUAACAACUUGAGUGGAACUAUUCCAGAAUGUCUUUGCUCGGGAGAAACCAUGCUUGGUCUUUACAUCCUGGAUUUGCACAUGAAUAAGUUUCAUGGAAACAUCCCUGAUUCAUUUGUGGUUGGAAAUGAAUUACAGACACUUAAUCUCCAGAACAAUGAUUUUGAUGGGCCAUUUCCUAAAUCCUUGGUGAACUGUCAUGAUUUGGAAGUGUUAAACAUUGGAAACAACAAGAUAAAUGAUAUCUUUCCCCACUGGUUGGGAUCUCUUCCUCAGCUAAAAGUUAUUAUCUUGCGCUCCAACUAUUUCCAUGGUCAAAUACUCCUUUCAGAAGCUGAAUCGAAUUUCUCAGUUCUGCGAAUUUUAGACCUCUCGCACAAUGAGUUCUCUGGAUUUUUGCCAACUGCAUUUUUUAAAAGUUUCAAGGGUAUGAUGAAUUUGUCCAAUGUGGAAAUGAAAUAUAUGGAAAAUCCUAAUGGUUAUUACCAUUUUUCCAUGUUUGUCACAAUGAAAGGUCUGGACAUUCAAGUUGAGAGAGUUCUAACUGUUUUUACAGCCGUUGAUUUUUCUAGCAACAAAUUCCAAGGAAAAAUUCCAGAAAUAGUUGGAAGCCUCACUUCUCUCCAAAUCCUCAAUUUUUCCCAUAACAGCCUAACAGGUCAUAUUCCUUCCUCAUUGGGAAAUCUAGCAGCGCUUGAGUCACUGGAUCUCUCUUCCAACAAGCUUGGCGGGGAGAUUCCUAUGCAGUUGACUGGUUUGAAAUUUCUUGGAGUGUUAAACUUGUCACAGAACCAGCUUGUUGGACAUAUACCUCAGGGACAUCAAUUCAAUACCUUUCUGAAUGAUUCCUAUGGUGGCAACUUGGGAUUGUGCGGAUUUCCAGUGUCAAAGACUUGUGGCAAGGAAGACACACAAGAACCACCAGAAUCUGUUUUUCACGAGGAAGGAAUUUUUUCUUCUGCAUUGGACUGGAAAUUUGUAAUGAUGGGUUAUGGAUGUGGAUUGGUGCUUGGAUUAUCUGCAGGAUAUAUCAUAUUGACAAUUGGAAAACCAGAAUGGCUAGCUACGAUGGUUCAAAGAGUAGGCUACAAAAUUCUGAGGAGAUUGAACAGAUAUCAUUGAAGAAGAAGAACUCUGUGAAGACAGAUGAUGCUCUCUGGAGAUUUGUUGAAUAAUUUUCGUAUAAUAAGUGUCUGUAGUUCUCAUGCCUGGGUUGUUUUAGCAGUUUUCUCCCUGUUUGUUUUGAAUUCCUUGUUUCCUAAAGGUACUGUCCUCUGUGAACAGCUUUGUUGUACUUGUUGGAUGUUCAUGCACUUUGAUGAAUGAAAUGACUGGCUUAUACAAGAAA